UGUCUGAAAAGAUGUCGGAGAGAAGAGGAAGUGUUUCUGUUCUUCAGUGAAGCUUCAGACCUCUGAUGGACCCGCUGUAGAGGCUGAUCUCAGGAUGGAGUGUGUGUGUGUGUGGCUGGUGUGUGUAUUUGUGCUCAGUGUGUGUGUCGGUGCUCGCAGUUCAUUGGACGGUCAGCGUCACCUGGUUACCGACGGCGACGCCGCCCCAGAUCUGUGUGAGAUAGACCCGCCUCUCUGUCAGGACGCAGCGUCUCGUCUCAGCUUCGCUUCGCUCUGCAGCGUUCACCGUCUGAUGGACGAGGACGAGGACGGGUCUGUGGACGCCUCCGAGACGCACGAGUUCCUCAGGGACGACCUGUCUCUCGACUCGAAGGACAAACACAGGAAGUUCCACCGAGCCGACGCUCUGAUCAGCCUGCAGGACCUGUGGAGCAGCUGGAAGAGCUCCGAGGUGUAUAACUGGACUCAGCAGCAGGUGUUUGAUUGGUUCCUCGUCAGCGUUGAACUUCCUCAGUACUCAGAAAGCUUCCGGAAACUCCAGCUGGACGGGAAGGCCUUACCCAGGCUGGCAGUGAGGAGCCCCCCCCUCACUUCCUCUCUGAAGGUCUCUGACCGGACUCACGCUCAGAAGCUGCAGCUCAAAGCUCUGGACAUCGUGCUGUUCGGACCCCCCCCCGCUCGCCCCCUCCUGAAGGACCUCCUCCUCGUCCUCUCUCUCCUCCUGGCUCUGGUGGGGGUCUCCGUCUCCUUCCUGCUGAACAGGAAGUCAAGAGAGGACCUGGGCCGAGUGCUGAGUGACCUGGAGGCUCUGCAGAGUGCUGAGGAGGAGCUCACACAGCUGCAGGACAGGCUGCAGGAGGCGCAGCAGCAGCAGCGCAGCGUGCACCAGGAGAAGCUGCAGGUCCAGCAGCGCCUGCAGGGCGAGGUUCUGUCGGCCCGACAGGAAGCUCAGCGCCUCCGAGAGCUGAGGGGGGGGGGGGACCUGAGGGGGGGCGGGAGGGCCGAGCACCAGCUGGACCAGGUGCGCUGUGCUCUGAGGAAGGCAGAGAUGGAGCUGGGUGCCCCCCCCCUCUCCCUGCCCCCCCCCCUGGGUCUCUGGCUGCAGCUGACCCACGAAGUUGAGUGUCAGAACUACAGCCUGAAGAAACAGAGCGCUGAGAAACAGCUGCUGCAGGCCCGGGAGGGGGCGGAGAAGAUCAGGAAGAAGAGGACCUCUCUGUUCGGGACGUUCCACGUGGCUCACAGCUCCUCCAUGGACGACGUGGACCACAAGAUCCUCUGCGCCAAACAGGCUCUGGCGGAGGUCACGGCGGCUCUCAGGGAGAAGCUGCUCCGCUGGCAGAGCAUCGAGGCGCUGAGCGGCUUCUCUCUGGUGUCCAACCCGGGGCUGGCGGCUCUGGCUGCGGCCCUGAACCUUGAGGCCUCCUUCCUGGGGCUGAGACCCCCCCCCCAGCACCUCCUCCUGUCAGACGACCUGGACGACAUGGACGAGGACAUCCUGUCCCCGGGGACCCUCAAGUACGCAGCGUGGCAGAUGGACCGCAGAGUGAGCGACCUCUGGCCAAUGAGUGGCAUCGCAGACACACAAUCACCAUGGAAACACUCUGCUCAGAGUCUGAUGCCCCUGCGACAGAGGGCAGGAGACCCCGUGUCGACGUUCAGCUCUCAGAGGGACUUCAUGAGCCGCUCCGACUCUGACUCCUCCCUCCCCGUCUCCCACAGCGAAUCACGAGGCUCAUACGGCUCCAAGCCCCUCCCCCUUUCCUCCAGGCUCCAGGCUCAGGGCUCCGGGGGGGGAGGUGGAGGUGUUUCAGGCCUGGAGAAGAGCUCGAGCCUGGGGGAGCUGAGAGGACACCUGCCCCCCCCCUCCACCCUCAGCUUCUCCUGCUCCACCCGGUCCCUCUGCGUGACCUCCGACCCCCCCGCCGCCGUGGUGCCGGACGGGGGGCAGGAGGGGGAGGCGUCCGUCAGCCGGAGGAGGAACGCCUUCAAUAAGAUCUUUAAGAAGAAGACUGCACGCCACUGAUGACAUCACAACUUGAGUUAACAGCUGUUUGACCUGAUGGACCGCGUUGGGGUCGGGCCAUUGGACCAAAAAUCACCAAAAAAAACAGGAAAACAGCAACGUAUUCAGCCAAUCAGACGUGGAUUUCUAUCACGGCAAGAGAACCCAAGAGUUUUUCUGGCUGUUAAACUCGGACUUAGGACACAACGACCAGUGGAAACACCAACGAAGAAGAACUAAGGCAGUGAAAGUAGAAACUUUGACAGAAGAAGAACGUCUUGUUGGCUGAAGAGAUAGAGAAGUACAAAUGGUUGAUUCGUUGGGGUCGGGCCAUUGGACACACGUGUUGACUGCCAUCAUACGAAUAAAUUAAAAUGACCAAAAAGCAGCAAGAAAAACGUCAAACAACACGUUUUCAGCCAAUCAGACGAAGAUGUUUAUCACGACAAAAGAACCAAAGACCAACGAAGAAGAACUAAGGCAGUGAAAGUAGAAACUUUGACAGAAGAAGAAGAACGUCUUGUUCGCUGUAGAUUUAGAGAAUGAUUGUUUCAGCAUCUUUUAAAUGCAACUUCUUCCAUGCCAAAGCGUCUCACGGAGCAUGUUUACAUUCACACUGAUUGAUAUUCCACUUAACUCAUCAAUAUGACUGUAACUGGGCUUCUGAAGAGUCACGUGACUUGUGCUAACAGCUGUUUGACCUGAUGGACCGCGUUGGGUCGGGCCAUUGGACAAAUGUACUGACUACCAUCAAAUCAUUAAAUUAAAACGACCAAGGGUCAACAAACGGCAACGUAUUCAGCCAAUCAGACGUCGAUGUUUAUCACGACAAGAGAACCCAAGAGUUUUUCUGGCUGUUAAGCGAAGAAAAAGUUUAGAUACGGACUCGACAGUGGAAAACCAACGAAGAAGAACUAAGGCAUUGAAAGUAGAAAUUGCAACCAGAAACUUUAACAUAUCGCCAAAAAUAACGAUAAACAGCUAAAGUUCGAGAGAAAUGCAUGACCCUUUUACAACGUCUACCAAAGUUGACUAAAAGUUGUAUUUCCACCUUUGUGUGUUUUUUUGAUGUCAUUUAUUUUUCAUUUGUGUCGUGAACAUGUUGAAAAGUGAGAAUAUAUCCUGGUUUUUAUAUAUUAGAAAUAACUAAAGGAGAGGAGAUGAAUAGGUCAAUGUUUGAUGUUCACCAAUAUACGAGUUUACUACACACACACACACACACACACACACACACACACACACACACACACACACACACACACACACACACACUAAUAAUGUGAAGCAGUUUAUUCACUCUGAACGAAGAUAGCUGUCACAAAGUGUUUAUUUAAAGCUGUCACUGGGUGGACUACAUUACCCACAAUUCCCGUUACCUGAUGCCAGUGAACUACAAACACGCACCAGAAAAACGUUUUGUUGUGUUUUUAUUUAUAAUAAAGAAACUAUUAAAGACU